ACACAUUCAUUCUUGACUUCUCAAAAUCGUUUUUGACUCUCUCUCUCUCUUUCUCUCUGUUGGAGAAGAUGACUCAACUAUUAUUUGGCCUUGUGUUCAUGGAGAUGGCUUUGAUAGUUGUCCUCCUCUUUAGAAGUCCGCUGAGGAUGCUGCUGAUGCUGGGGCUCGACCGGAUGAAGCGGGGAAGAGCGCGGCUCGUCGCGGGGACCUUGGCGACGACCAUGGUGGUCGUGUUCAGUUCGGCGGUCUAUAACGUCUUGGGCGUUCAGAGACGCCUGACCGAUGCGGCCAUAAUCAACCCGACCGAUGAGGUUCUCAUGGCGCAUAGCCUUCUGGAAGCGUCUCUCAUGGGCUUCUCUCUGUUCCUUGGCAUAUUGAUAGACAGGUUGCAUUACUACGUGAAGGAGAUCUACCUGUUGAGGAACAACUUCGAAGCAACCAAGAAAUGGAAAAGAGAUUACGUGGAGAUGGAUAGCUUUGGACCGUCGAAGACCCUCCAUCAGACGAGGACCGAGCUAGCUCCGAUGAAAACCUAGCACGCGAUUCGGGUGAAGAGAGACCCGCGUGUUAAUUAAUCGUAUCUCGACGCACUGUAUAUUCGUUAGCGAACGCUUCGAUAACCAAGGACGAUUAUCGCUCCGACGGGGUUGUGAAGACCGAAUUUAUCGUCAUCUCAAUUGUACAUAUAAAAAAUUACCGCACUGACUAUCGCUAAUAUCGUCCGGCAAGAGUUCAAAUUGAAA